UAAUAUUUGCAAAGAAAUAAUUUACAAUCGUAGUAAAGUACGGGACUGAUUUGGUGAUCAGCGGUGAUUUUCUGAUUCAAACAUUAAACUAUCUUUAAAAACUAGUUGUUUUGAGAUAUAUUUUGAAAAAUGACACAUCAGACAAACUGCACAGCUUUUCAAAAUGAAAAUAAUUUGGCAGUUUGCUCACUCAACGGUGUAUUGCAUAUUUGGGAUGUCGAAACAGGAACAAAAAAGGUUGAAUACACUCCUGCGAGUCACUUGACGUCAACUUUUACUUGCCUGUCAUGGAAAAUUCAGCAGAGAAUUGAAAAGAGAAAGCAAAAUGAAGCUUCUGGGAAGAAAAGAAAAUCUAAAGCGUUUGAGGUUGAUAAGACCGAAGAUAUAAUUGCCCUUGGAACGGCAACUGGAGAUAUUUUACUCUAUCGAUACUUAACAGGAGAACUUGCUGGGAAAUUAGACGGAGAACAUACAGGCAAAAUCACUUGUAUAUGCUGGGAUCCAUAUGAGUUUCGAUUACUCUCAAGUUCAGAAGAUCAACACAUAGUACAUUGGGAUCUGAAAUCUUAUAAAUCCAUCUGUAAAUGGCAAGCAGAUAAGAGAGGUGUCAACAGUAUGUGCGUAUGUCCCAACUCAACAUUACUUUCAGCUGGAAAAACAAUCAAAUUAUGGGAUUUGGAAACAAAACAAUUAUUGAGGAGUUUCGUAGGUCAUGCGAGUCCAGUUCUUGAUUUAAUGUAUGUUAACAUACCGGCAAUAUCACAAAGACAAGAUGCAACUCCUCUAGAAAUGGUCGAAGGUUUAUAUUUUUUAUCAUCUGCAAUUGAAGAUAGAGUUGUGAAUAUUUGGCAAAUUCAAAGAAAACACAGAAAAAUUGCUGUUGCGACAUUUUCGUUAAAUUCCGAACCGAUAUCUAUGGCUUUGAAAUCACCAACGAGCAAAGAUAAUCCGAUCACUUUACUUGUUUUAACAAAUGAAGGAGAAUUAAAUAUAUUUUCGCACACAUUAAAUGGGCAAAUCAAGAAACCACUUAAUGUGCAAAUGACUGUCAAGUUGGUUGAUCCUUCAGCAAAACAAAUCAAAAUAUUAUCAGCCACAUUUUGUGAUGAAAAAGACAGCGAGACUGCUACAAUUUUGAUUGCCUAUGGAACGACAUUAAAAGUUAUUUUCGAAAAAUUGAAUCUUGACAACUACACAACAAAGGAUGUUUGUAUAAUAAGAGAAGAUCCAAUGAAAGUUAAAAUCUCACAACCUGAAAAUGCUUUAACCACGAGAGAACCGAUUCGAAAUAAAAAUGAAGUUGUGACGUUAGCACCAGGAAUACCAGGUCACGCUCAAGAUAUAUCUGCAAUGUCUGAACAAACAACAACGAUCAAACAUAAACGAAGGAAGAAUACCGUUUCUACCAGUGAAUCAGAGAUGACACUUGAGGAUAGAUUGAAUGCGAUUGGUUUAAAGAAGGAAGAUGAAGGACAACAACAACAACCUCCUCGUGCAGAUUCACUGUCUGUUUUAUUGGCUCAAGGUCUUCAUAGUAAUGAUAAAGAAAUAUUAAAUAGAGUUCUGCAAAAAACUAAUGAAGAUCUGAUCUACAACACAGUAGCUAGACUUCCUCUCUCUCUCAUUGUUUCACUGAUACAAGAUCUCACUACGAGGAUGAAAACUUCUCCUGCUGCAGCAUUUAAAUUUGUGAAAUGGAUGAGAAUAACAUUAAAAGUUCAUUCUUCGUAUCUUAUGACGUUGCCGGAUCUUGUUCCGUUACUAAGUCAGUUGUAUCAAUUGAUGGAUGCAAGAACAGAAACUCACAGCAGAUUUGUUAAAUUAGAAGGAAAACUAGAACUUCUCACAACUCAAAUCAAAUCGAAGAAAUCAGCAGAAAAUAAAACAAUUGACACAACACCAAUGUUUGUUUAUGAAGAUGAAUCUUCAGAUGAGCAAGAAGAUAUAUUAAUGGAUGAUUUGCCCGUUGAUCCAUCUGAUUCCUCCGAUAAUGACUGGGAAGAGAUGUCAGAAAGAGAUGAGAAAGGAGAAAUGGUCAUUGAUGAAGAUGAAACUGACAGCGGAGUUGUUAAUGGAAUGUUGGAUGAAGACUAAAUUCGCUAAUAUAUUUCCUCAUUUCAUGUGGCACAAACUUGAGAUAGAUUGUUUGACCAUAUUCUACUAAUCCCAAUUUAUGUGCUUGGCUGUAAAAACAUUUUUUUUGACUAUAGAAUUUCUGUAAUAUUAGUCACUGAUCUAUUUGUAAUUGAUAAAAUAUGACAAUUACAAUAAACAAACUACGUUGCCAAAAUAGUAGCUUAUAUGUCCCUAUCUUCUACAAACAAUUUCUAGUCAAGUCAUAGUUUGAACGUCAAAUCUCUACUUUUUACAUUUAAUUGUAUUUUCAGGCGCUCCCAGAAGUAUGUGUACCAAUAUGGAGGUAACUAAUUUUGUUUGCAUACUUUAUAUCAAGUUGUAUAAUGGCACUGAAGCCAUGGCCAGGUGGUAUAUUCACUUGGCUAACACGGACAGUCUCCGAACUCGUAAUAGAGCUAAAAUAAGGAAAAUCGGAAUAAAAUUAUGGCCUAACCUCAAACUGGUAUACAUACUACGGGAGUACCUAUUCUCAGAAUAUUUUUCAUAUUCCUUAGUUUCAGCUGUGGGUGAUUUUGACUGAACAUUUUGUUGUGCAGAACUCAUUAUAAUGUUCAAACUUACUCCCAUGUAUAUUGUCCAAUGAAUUAGUCUGUUUCAUUCCGACGCUCAAUCUAGACUGGUAGAGUGGUAGCCACACCAGGGACCUCGGUUCACACUAUUGGGGUGUCUUUCUUUUCUAUACUGCUCAAAAACCCUUGACUUUAUGUUUUAAUGUGACUUGCAACUGGAUACGACAAUAUUUGAUAAUGUUGCAACUUGCAACUCAAAAUAUCUUGGUUUACAAUUUUUUCCACAAGUUUAGCUUGUCAUCAUACUAUGUUCCAGUUACCUUUAUAAUGCUACACUGAAUCUCCUUAUUUUUUCUAAUGCCUAUUUUUUGACUUGAAAUUUUCCUGCCAAUAAUUUCUCUGUGCUUUAAAUGAAUAUGACAGAAUCGUGUCAUGUGUUUCAUAAGCGCCAACAGGUUGACUCCGAUUUCAUGGACUAAAUAUUUGUUUGAUAAUUGGCAUGCUGUCGAUUAUGUUUGUUGAAUUUGCUUAGCCUUUUUGAACAUUUUUGUACAUCAGAUUUUGGAAACAAAAUAUUUCAACAAAUCGGAUCAAUCGCUUUUGCAUUUAUACCUAUUUUCAGAUUUAUUGUUCAGUUUUGCCUUUAUUUGAAAAUUGCUCUUCUAAACAGUGGUUUCAUACUCAUUUUAGUUGCAUGUAUUUAGUAGUUGAUAUUUUUUUUUGGUAGCAUUCAAAAUAUAGCUAGCUGGGAUUUUAUUCAAAUAGAACAAUGCUAUUCAAUGAAACUUUCUAUAUUAAAAAACAUUCAACUGACUCGUUUUGAACAAAACUGGCUUUGAACAAAAUUUUCCCCAGAUUCAUAUAGAAUUUUGAACUUGAUUUUCAUUCUUUUUGCAAUGGAAUAUUUAUUAUUCUCAAGCCCCUGCUACUUGAAUAAGCUACUUCGAACAUGAACCAAAAUGACUCGCAAGUAAUACUAAUUCAUGCAUACUGUCCUCUUUUGAAAAAAUCGGAACAGUUCCUUAUAUUGUCCACAUAAUAACAACCUAUUAUUCUCUUAUUUCAUCUGUGUGCUACAUACAGGCCUCUUGUUACUUUUUAUUUCAUACGUCCUAACGUUGGUGCUUUAAAUCUUGACAUAUAACUGCCUUGUUUGCGGUGACUAUUUUGUCAGAAUUGUGACAUUGAUAGAAUAUGUAAUCUAUCCUAAUGCUUAAUUUUUGCAAUUUAUAUAACUGCCUCUUUUCUUAUGAUUGUCACAGUCAUUUCCUGAGACUUUAUAGUGGAUACAACCAAGUCUGUUUUCAAUUUCAGAACUGUUGCAAGUAUGUAUACUCUUGAGCGCCCAACUAAUCUCAAUCUUUGUUUUGAUGAGUCUUAUAUUAUUUGCCAAAAUGAAUAAUGUUAUCAAAGCUUAUCUUUUUUGUUUUCUUUUCCAGUAAAUUAUAGCAAUGCUUUCGAGUCAAGAUUUUUGCCAUCUUACUCGUAGUAUUUUUAAAAUCCGACUUAAUCAAUAUAAUAUUUUGCCUCAGACUUAAAUGAUUACUUAAAAACAUUGGCAAGAUUGAUUCUUUUUUUUGGAAAUUCUGACAAUGACUUUGGGAUAUUUGAGAUUCCUUUCUUUCAAGUCAAAUAUAAUAUCAUUGAAAACAUAUCACUAAUCACUUUUCAGCAUGUCUGUUAGAAUAGUGUAAAAUUUUUUCAUUCAAAUUGAUUAGAAUUCUAUAUUUAACUGCCAGUCUAAGUUACUUUUGGAAGACAUUCAUUGAAAGGCUGUCAUAUGUUCUUGAUCAGCAUUUACAUAUUUUAUAGGUAGUUGAAUGCAUAAUAAAUCUUGAUGCUUUUAUUAUUUGCCUACUAUUGUUUUUCAUUAUAAUUUUAAGCAUCUUAGUGCUGUUCUGCACCUCAACGUGCUCAGUCCAUUUCGUGCUGCUAUUCUUAAGUUGUGCCAAUUUAAAUUGUAUAUAAUUAAUUAUUAUGAACUUCGACCUGAAACAACUUUUCCAAAAUACUUAUUGAAUUAUGUAUCAGGUGAUGUUUCCUUCUGAUCAUUUUACUGAACAACAUGUUUUUUGUUCAUUCAUUUGGUGGAUUAUUUUUUGCGAGACAAUAAAUUGGGUCUACAAGUGCCAUCAGA